AUGACAGACCAGGUGCAGCUCCAAAUCGCCGUCAUCGGCGCGGGCAUUGCCGGUCUCACGGCUGCCAUUGCGCUGCAGAAACAUGCCAACAUUGACGUGCACGUCUAUGAGCGUGCGACGGAGCUGCGUGAGAUUGGAGCUACCAUCGCACUGGGACCAAAUGGUCUCAAGACAUUGGAGAGGCUUGGGGUCAGCGACGUACUCGAUGAUUCUAUUGCGUUCCGCAAUAAGUCGGGCCGCCCCAUGAUCUAUCAGCAUUACCAAACAAAUGAAACUGUGUCUGCCGACCAUCAUGUUGGAAAGGUCGAACACAGACACAGAACAGCUCGCUUCUAUCGCCCUCACCUCCAGCGAGCGCUACUGAACCAUAUAGAACCAGGACGUCUUCAUCUGGGCAAGGCCUUUUCCUCGGUAUCGCGCGACAGCUCUUCUCAAGGUCUCAUUGUCACAUUCACAGACGGCACCAGCAUCGCGACAGAUAUUCUCCUCGGCGCAGACGGAAUCCACUCCCCUGUCCGCCAGGCAUUUGUGCCAACGUCGGCCGCAAAAUGGUCAGGUUACCUGACCUUCCGCUCCGUCUUUCCACGCUCGCACGUGCAACACAUCUCGGACCUGCCUGAUGAGGCGGUCCACAUCUGGGGUCCUGAUCGCUCCCUCUUCUUGUCGCCCUUGGCUCAGGACCUCUUCACCAUCGUUGGCUCCCAGCAAAGCGACCCGGAGGCACCCGAUGCGCCGUACAAGGACUCAGUGUGGAACUCGGACGGCAGCGUAGACACAUUGCGCGACCUGUACAAGGACUGGAGCCCCCUCGCGCGCGCCGUCAUCGAUGCGACGCCGUACACCAAGAUCUACCCUAACACGGCGGCCAAGGAGCUGGACUCGUGGGUUUUGGGGGGCGGCCGGGUUUCUCUGGUAGGCGACGCGGCACACGCGCAUGGCGGAGCCUUCGCGGCAGGCGGAAGUCUGGCGAUCGAUGACGCAUGGGCGUUUGCGCAGGCCGUCCUACACGUUUUCCCGGAGACGCAGCGAAUCUGCAAGCCCGUGUCUGAUGACGACGUGGCCCGCGCUCUGAGCCUGUACGAGCGGACGCGGAAGGAACACACUGACCGAGUGCAGAGGACGGUCCAGCAGCGGAACGGGGCCCUCGUCAGCCUGAUAGAUCAGAAAGAGACGGAUGCGGAGCUGCGGACGAGAAUGCAGAGCCGCAGGGACCUGGUAUGGAUUCACGAGCAUGAUGUGGAACGGGCUUUCUUGCAGGCUGUGGCGGCGGAGACGCAGCGCGAGACAUCAAGGUUGUAG